CAAAAAGAAAGAAAGGAAUCUUCCAUCUUCCCACGGCGGAGAGAAACCAAAAAAAUCAAUCAAUGGAGCUUCCUCCUCCACCGGAAAGAUCCAAACGCCUCCAUAACUUCACCUUACCUUAUCUCCGAUGGGGUCAGCAAAGAUUCCUCCGCUGCGUCAAGCUUCCUCACCACAACCGAUCUCCUUCUUCUUCUUCUCCUUCUCCCGAUCAUAGAUCUCACAACGGUGGACUUGUUGGAGAGCUCAGGGUCGAUCUCGUCUACGAUGCCAACAAACCUAAGCUCUCCGUUUUGGGAAAUGGAGGUGACAACAACGGCGAUGUUGUUGCUGCAGCUGCUCGGCCGUGGAAUUUGAGGACCAGAAGAGCUGCUUGUAACGAACCUGGUGAUGAAUCCACCAGGAUCAUCGAGUCUUCUUCUUCUCUACGGAGACAUGAAAUUGGCGUUAAGAGAGGUGGUAGCGAAGAUGGUGGUGAUGGUGAUUCACAGAACAAGAAUGAGAAAGUGAAAUUCUCUGUUUCUUUGUUGAGAGAAGAAAUCGAACAAGAUUUCUCAGCCUUAAUUGGUAAAAGACCUCCUAGAAGACCAAAGAAGAGACCGAGAUUGGUUCAGAAGCAAAUGAAUACUCUAUUUCCAGGAUUGUGGUUAGCAGAAGAAGUAACAGCAGAGUCUUACGAUGUUCCUGAGGCUGUGGAAACAUGAAGUUUGUUUAUUGUUUCUUCAAAUUUGGGGUCAGCUUCUCUUUUCUAUCCAAGAAAAUGUAUCAACUUUGUUUUUCUACUUUGUCAUUUUCGUUGUAAAAAAGGAAGAAAAUUUAUAUGUAGCAAUGUGCUCAGUUUUAGUGAAUGAAGAAGCCAAUUUUAC